GCCCCGUGACAUCACCUGCCCUUGCGCGUUCUCCGACUCCUCCCACCCAGUCAGUCUCUCUUCACUCGGCAGUCCUCUCCGGGCAGUGAUCUACGGUAGACGACAGCAUGCUUCUGUGCCGGAACGUGUGGCAGAAACUGGCCCCCCUGACACACCGGGGAGCAGCCGCCGCCCUUCUCCGCAAUGCUUCUGUCCGUCCGAUGUCGUCCAGCAGUGUGCCGGGCUCUUCUGGAGAAGCUCUGCCCUAUUACCUGCUUGUUGCAGUUACCCUGACUGGCGGUGGAAUUUAUGCUUACCGAACAUUGCGCAGAGACAAAGCGCGUUUCCAUGAACGCCAUGAGUACAUCAAUGAACAGCUGAAACCUGCCUUUGAGGAAUAUGAAACAAAAAGUGAUAAAGCGGAAGCCAGUGCAGUGUCUGAAACCAUUGAAGAGGCUGUAGAAGCAGCCAUUGAGGAGACUGCUGCUGAAGAGGUCACUGAACAGGAGGCAGCCCCAAGUGCAACUCUAGAGCAGGAGCAAGCAGCGGCCGAGGACGAAGCUGCACCAGCACCUACAGAGCAAGAGCAGGAGCCGGCACCAAGCACAGAAGCUGCUUCAGAGCAAGUGGAACCAGAGAAUAUUGAACCUGUUGUCGAAAAUGUGGAAGAGACAUCUCCUGCGCUUGAAGCAAGUUCUGACAACAUCACUGAGGAGCCGGCAUCAGUAGCUGAAGACUGGUCUGAACUUACAGCCAGAAAGCCAGAAGAGACUGUGGAGGAGAGUGCACCUGCAGCUCAAGAGAGUGAAGAGGCUGUGGGAUCUGAACAAGCAACUACAAGCUCCUAAAGACAAUAAAAGAUCUCCAGACGUCUCCCAAAUCUUCCUACACAACCAUAAGAAUUCCUGACAACCAGAUCCCAAAGAAAUUCCCCACCUGGCAAUGAAACCACCAGAAAGUGCUCACCUGUUAUUCUGCAGAGUAUCACAAUUCAUUUCUAAGGCGUCUUAAUGAAGAUGCAUCUAUGUUCAAUAUGACUCAACGGGAAGGUGGCGAGAGAUGUCCAUUUUCAUCUAUAUGUUUUCAAUGGCAAAGUGAUGAUUUUAGUCUGGACAUAAUAUUAGUGGAGAUUUAUGAAAUCGAAUGCUCUAUGUAAGAUUAGUUGUCUUGUUUAGACACUUCCCUAUGUGCUUUUUUCAUAAAUGUCCCCUAGCAUUAUUUUAAUGCAUAAAUGCUGAGAAUCAAGUUUCCUAAGACUGAAGAGUAUGCGGCUAUAUUCAUUCAUUAUCUAGUUGCAUUGCACGUCAGGCUGCCCUUAGUGGUUCUGUAGUUGAACGCAGAAGGGGAUCAAAUAUUUCACACAGCAUCAAACGCCAAGUAGUUUCAUUAUGACUACUAGACUCAUGCAGGGAAAAUUGUACUGAACCAUACCAACUCUAAAAUAUGCUGCUAUUGCUUUACAAU